AUGAGCAACGGCAUUCCCACUUAUUUAAGACUCAAACCAUUUGUUGGCUCCCUGAGGAAAGACAGCCAUUCCAACGUCAAGGUGAUCGAUGGCCAUCUGAUCGAAAUCCGUGAUGGAUCUCCCACCAAAACUAUCCCAACCUUCGGGUUUAAUAGGGUAUUUAAUCUGGAUACCUCCCAGUUUAAGUUAUUCAAGAGCAUUGGUGAACUGUUGGUGAAUAAUGUCUUGAAAGGAAACGACUCCUCAAUCUUCACAAUAGGUCCCAGUGGAUCAGGAAAAAGUUUCUCGACCAUUGGUAAUACCUCACACCCGGGAAUGUUGGUAUAUUCUUUGAAACAAAUCUUUGACAAGUUGGGGCUGCUUAAUGGGACCAUGGAAAGUACCGUAAAACGUUGCUAUUUACAGCAUUUGGCUGAAUAUUAUGGUGACUCGUUUGUUUACAAUGGUCAAGCAAAUGUUUCCAAAUCAUCAUCAUUACUACUGAAGAAGUACUUUGUUACCCUCAAUAUCUUUGAACUUUGGAAAGAUUCGAUCAUUGACUUACUAGCCACUGGGGAUAAUCACCCCAAAAGAGACAUCUUUAUCGACUCUAAGGAUGGCAAGAUCAGACCAGUGGGGCUAAUGUAUAAGCACGUCGAAGACCUCACAGAAGCCCAAAAAAUUGCAAACUCGGCCAUCAAAAAAAGACAUAUCAGUCGUACAGAAAUGAAUAAGAGCUCCUCGAGGAGUCAUAUCUUCAUCAAUAUCAACGUCCACGAGAUAUCGUACGGUCAGGUCACCACGUCAAGGUUGAACAUUGUUGAUUUGGCAGGUACCGAAAGAUUGCGAUCGACCGUGGACCAUCUCCAGCGUAAAGAAGGGAAUGUUACAAACGCCAGUUUAUCGGAAUUGGGAAGAGUACUUCAGACCAUCAGUUCGCUUAAAAAACCUUUGAAAGAAAGUGAUAAAUCGAUCUUGAGGACUUCGAAAAUGACCCGAUUGUUACUCCAUGACUACCUAGGGAACGAGACCCACAAACUCACAAUUCUUGUCAAUAUUGAUCCGUUUGUAAAUGCCAAGAUAAUCCUCUCGGUGCUCAACAUCAUAAAACCGGUGGAAAACAUUAUCAAUUCGGAAUCCAUAAAAGAUACUUCGUUUUAUUCAAUGUCCCGAUCCCCUGGUGAAUUGUAUUCUAACAAAUCGACAACAGGGUCGGCUUCGCAAGUCAGGUUAGUACAAUCUCCAGGCACUACCACCAGAAGUGCCAUUGUCAAUAGAACAUCACCACAACGUAAAUUUGUUGCAUCAUCGUCGUCGACUUCCCCAGUCAAACUCAUACAUUCUCCAAUUAAGAUUGAAUCAUCAUCAUUUAAUAAUACCACCGACUCCAACAAAUUUGACAGUACCUCUACAACUACUAAUAGUAGUACCUCUUCACUCUUGAGAUCACCAACCAGGUUCAUUCGACAUAAUAAAGUGAACUCCGAAUUGAAGCAGAAAAUUACCGCGUUAGAAUCGGAGGUCCAAACUCUAAAAUCCCAAUUACUGGCCAGUGCCCAAUACAUGGCAGAAAUGGAGUUUAGUAUCCGACAAGAAGCCGCCAAAGAAUACAGUGAGAUCAUUAGUAACAUCGAAGAAAACCAUCGGAAACUCUUGCAACAGUUCGAGGAAACUAACAUAAAGACCACCGACGAUAAGCUCGAGAUGUUGGUGAAAGACCUGAAAGAGGAAAUCCAUCGGUUACGCAAAGAUAAUCGUGACUUGUUGAAGGAGAACUCCGCAGCGGUGACGAAAUACGAACAAUUGUUGUUCAAGAAGCAAAUGGACAAUAAGGCCCUUAUGAACUUGGAGCAACAAAUCAAUAAUUUCAAUAAUGAUAAUAUUCGAUUGGACCACGAAAAUAAGAAGCUUCGUGAAGAGCUUUCGGGUAAGUACAGCAACAGUCCUAGUCCUAUCAAGCUGAUGUCUAAGGAUUACGCGGUCGAAUUGGAUCAGCUUAGACAAUCGUUUAUUUUGGAACAUGAGAAAACCGUCAAAGAAUUCCAAGGGAAGAUGGCAGGGUUAGUGGAUAAAUUGCGGUUGAAAACCGAGAAAAACCGGUUAUUAAAUGAAAAAAUCCAAAAACUACAAGGGGGAAAAAUUGGUAAUCUGUUGAUUUAUGAGGAUAGUAAGGAAACUUUGCAAAGGGUCAAUUCCUUGAAAGAAUCUUUACAAAGAAGUAAUCUGAAAGAUUCAGGAUUCCAGAAAAAUAAAAAUUACAAACGCAAAAGUAAUCGGAUCAACCCCGGAGUAUUACGAAAGUCCCUCGAUACUUCCAUUAAUAUCAUGCCCGAAACCUUCAAACCGGCGAAAAAGACCUCGAAGACCUCCAAAAAUACCAUCUCAAAAACCACCAUCACCAAAGGUCAGCCGGUACCGUACAAAAAGAAAACGAAAAAAGUUCUAAGGAAACCAAAGAAUUACGUGGUUUAUGAGAAUUUCGAGUAA